GUGCAAGCACAUCGCAAUAAGUAAGCGUCGUUUUGUAUUAUUUUGUUGUAACACCAAUUGUAAAGGACUUGUUUUUUUCUGUUUGCAACCGUAAUGUAAUUGCUCAUGUUUCGGUCAAUUGGCCGAGCAGCGCAAUUGAAAAGCAAGCAGAUAAGUGAAUGUGUGCGUGUGAAAUGCAUAAAAAUUGCAUCGAACAACAAGAAAUAUGAGGGACAACAGUCGAAUACAUUGUGUAAAUAAGUAGCAAACAAAAAACAAAAAGAAAACCUGUAUUUGAUGGUGGAGCAGUUAAAAUAAUCACAUGUAUAGUUUAUAUGAAUGCCAGAGCAACGUUAAAUGGCAGCUAGAAAGAAUUGUUAAUACAGAAAAACGCAAGAAGAACGUUAUUAGGAAAUAAAAUAUACACACAAGCAAACAAAAACACACAACCAAAAGCCUUAUAAACCGCAACGAUGGCCGUGCAGCUGAAGAAUGCCUAUCACCAUCUGCCGCUCACCAUAACGCCCAUACUCUGCCAGCCGCUGUUGACGCCGGCACCGACGCCGCAGCCACCGAAAGCAGAGCCACCAGAUUUAACGUUUCAUUGCAUGUGCUGCUCGGAGUAUUUUGUGCAUCCCCUGUCGCUGUAUCAGCACAUGAACAGUAAGCAUCCAAAUGAUACAGUGCAGCAGCAGGAUGUAAGGGAAGGACCACACCUAGAGCAGCGACAACGUUUGGCUGCUGAGCAGGCGGCCGAGGAUGAUACCACUGAUUACAGCUGGAUAUUUGAGCCGCUGUGCGAACUGGAAGUGGCAGCAGAAGCAUCGCAACCUGGCGCUGAAUCUCCUGAAUCGGAGGAGGAGGCGGAAGGAGAGGACGUGGAGCAGCAAAGCGAUGCGGAUGAGAGUGACAAUGAUAAUGAGAACGAUGGCAAUGAUAGCGAUAGUAGCAGCAGUUCCAGCAACAGCAGCAGCUCCAACAGCUCCACCGAGAGUAGCUCCAAUAGCAACAGCAACAGCAGUAGCGCUCCCGGCAGCAAUUCCAACUCGAAUACGCAGCAGAGUUUGAUACAAGAGCAACAGAAUCGCCUCCAAGAGCAACAGAGUCGCCUUCAAGAGCAACAGCGGAGUCAUCAAGAGGCGCAGAGCCGUCUCCAAGAGCAGCAGAGUCGUCUACAGGCGCCACAAGGACGACCACUUGCUCAGAACCUGCUGCAGGAGCAGCAGAACUACCUACAGGAACAGCACAGUCGCCUUCAGGAGCAGAGCCGACAGCAGCAGCUACAGAGUCGCCUCCAAGAGCACAGCUUUCCACAGGAGUUGCAUCCGCUGCGUGGUCUGCUGCCCGGUUCGCACCCCAACGAGUAUCAGUUGCAGACAGCUGAUCCCCGCGAGUCCACCUCCAUCAUACUGCUGCAACCAUCAUUGUCGCUCAGCAUAACGCCAGUUCCCGUUGCUGCCCCAGCUGCCCUAGCCAUGCCUUCCCUUGUUUCUGCUCCACCGUCUGCACUUACGCUGCCCAUCAAGCGACGACGCGGACGUCGCAGCAAGGCCAACGUUCUAGGGGAUGCACAUAGCGCCUCCGCCGUGGCUGCUCAGCUCGGUGCCAAUGGUCAAAAGUGCUUUCAGUGUACACAUUGUGAGGCAUCCUUUUUGAACGCAGGCGAUCUUUCCAAGCAUGUGCGUUCCCACAUCUCGAACAAACCGUUUCAAUGCUCCAUCUGCCAGAAGACAUUCACGCACAUUGGCAGCCUCAACACACACAUACGCAUCCACAGCGGCGAGAAGCCCUACAAGUGCGAACUCUGCCCCAAGGCAUUCACCCAGAGCAGCAGCCUAAUGGUUCACAUGCGUUCGCAUGCGGUGCGCAAACCGCAUCAGUGUCUGCAAUGCGACAAAGGCUUCAUCAACUACAGCUCGUUGCUGUUGCAUCAAAAAUCUCACUCGGCGCCCGUUGAGAGCUUUGUUUGUCCCGAAUGCGAGCGGGAGUUUAAGGCGGAGGCGCUGCUGGACGAACACAUGCGCAUGCAUACCCAGGAGCUGGUGUAUCAGUGUGCCAUCUGUCGGCAAGCGUUCCGCGCCAGCUCGGAGCUGGUGCAGCAUAUGAAAUGCCACAUGGGCGAGAAACCCUUCACCUGCUCCAUUUGCGAUCGCUCCUUCACACAGUCUGGCAGCUUGAAUAUCCAUAUGCGCAUUCACACCGGCGAGAAGCCGUUCCAGUGCAAGCUGUGCGACAAGUGUUUCACCCAAGCCUCCAGUUUGAGUGUCCACAUGAAGAUCCAUGCGGGCGAGAAGCCUUUUCCCUGUCACAUUUGUGGCAAAGCCUACAGCCAGCAGGCGUAUCUCAAUAAGCACAUUCAAGCCCAUGCCAUGGACGCCCUUCCUAAUCCCAAUCCUCCGACAGCUAUGCAGCAGCAUCAACAACAGCUGCCUAUGAACAACGUGAUGCAGACGCCACGGGAAACCUUGGUGUGCAUUGUUUGUGGUGCUCUCCAUGCGGAUGCCACAGCGUUGGCGUUGCACGUGACACGUGAGCACACGGCGCUGUUGGACAACAUGAAGCAAGCGACGUUGCCGCUGGCGCCGAAUGCGCAGAGCAAGUGCAGCUUAGUGGAGCGACAAGCUCAACAGCAGGCCUAUAUGCAGCGUGUGCAGUCGAUGUUGCAACAAAUGAAUCAACAGCAACAACAGUUGCCUGCUAUGGAUUCGGCUGGGGAGGAUGAAGAGGAGUUGGAUGAGGAGGAUGAGCUGGACGGCGAUGACGAGGAGGAGGACGAAGAGGAUGAGGUCCAGCAGCAGUCCAAUGCAGCAGCGCAGCAAAUGGUCAAUGAUGAAGUCGAGGACGAUGAUGAUGAAGAGGAGGAAGAAGCGGAGGAUGAUGAGGAGGACGAUGAAGAGGAGGAUGAUGAUGUGGUCCAGCAGCUGGUCACGGAUGCGGACAUGUAUUACGACGAUAUGCCUGAGGAUUUUGCUGACAUGGAAGUCGGUUGCGAGGAGGAGGUUUGCGGGGAUUUCAUUGAACACGACGACUUUGCAGUCGAGGAGGAGAUCUACAGCGAGGACGUCUAGACAUCGACAGCUGUGGAGCAAGUGCUGCACAAGUUGCAAUGAGAAAGCGAGUGGAUGUCUUGCUUAACUGGAAUUCAUUGAAGGGAAUCCAACUGGACAUUGAUGUGGAACCCUUAAAGAAUCCAUAAGGAAAUUCUAAUUGAAAUCAAUUAAGUUGUUCCCAAACCAUUCUAUUUGAAUUGUAACGUAUUUUUGGAAUUCAUUUGAGUAUUGGUGGACACUAUUUUAAUUGCGAAAUUCGUGUGGAGCUCAUAAGAACAAUAUUCGAAAUAUUAAGAAAAUCUACAAAGUUAAAAAAAGCCUUUAGAAGGUGAAGCUUUAAGGACGUAUUUCUGGAUCUUCACACAUUGUUCUUAGAUUUUUGUCUAAAUGAUAAUUGAAUGUGGAAAUUCUUCCAGCAGCUCAACAACAUUUAAAAUGAAUAUCUCGAAUUUAUCUGCGGAAGGACCGACGAAGGAUUCUAUAAUAAUUUAAAAGUAUUUAUAAUAUUUUCAACAUUUCCAACUGAACAAUCAAAUUGGAACUCAUUAAGAACCAAGAAUCUUGAUUGGAACACCUUGUUCACUAAGUAAUAAUUCAGAAGCAACUCCUUGUGGCACUCAUGCAGCAGCCUGUGGAACUCAAUUUAAAAAAUAAGCAACAUCUUUUUUUUUUUGGCCAUAGUUCUUAUUAUCACUAUUGAUAUUCAAGCAUUAUCAUUUCAAAACUGCAGCACUAUACAGAGCACUGACAUCUCGAAUUGAUUAUUAUACGAAACCUAUUAUUAGUUUCUCUCCUCAUCUGUCAUAUCACUCGAAAACUAUCCAAGUAUUCCUUUAUUUAUAUGUAUAUGUAUAUGUCUAUUUAUAUUUAAGAACAAUUCAGUUGGAGCUCUGAAAUUUUUAACUUACACCAACUCUUAAAAAACAUUAAUGGUAUUAUAAUUUAGUAUUAAGCUACUUCUAUGUAUGCUGAUUUAUCUUUGGAAUGAUCUACACAAUAUCCAAUUGUGGCACAUCAUUUCCAAAUCCCUGCCCCACCAAGCCCAUAAGAAUUACGAAUUUUCACGCAUAUUAUUAUUAUUAUUAAAACUGCUCAUUUUAGCAAGAGCAUUGAAGAGAUUACAUUAAUCGUUACCAUAAACCAACAA